CGAUACAAUGUAUUUGAUCGGACUACUCAGGCUCCCCACAUUGAGCAAGAAGCGUCACCAGGUAGGGGCUACCACCAGUGCAUCAUAGAAACAGGGGAACAGGUACUUCUCAUAUGCACAAUUUCAUGUCAAUACGGUGUGAUGGGCCGCACAGGGUGCGACUUGUUGCAAAAGAUGUGUUCUCGGUCAUAGCAAAGCCUCUCUUCUCUCUCAUAGUAAAGCCUAAUUCAACUUCCGAUGAUUGACGUGAGCAUGUACAUGUGUCUCAAGAGCUCUGCCUCCUUAAUGAGUGUGUCUAUAUAUAACUUCAGGGCUCCAGCCACAGACAUCAAAAGAUCGAAAGAUCGAACACCUAUAAACCACGAAAGAAGCCACAAAAGGCCUCAUCCCCCCAAGACCAAUGACGAUAUCCAACACACAUAUAAUCAGGCAUCAAGCAGUAAACAGAGGCCUGAACGAGUGUGUGUGCGUGCACUCCUGGUACGUCACACAAACCACCUCCCUUCCACAGAGUCCACUUAUAUUUGGCCCAUAUUACAACGGCGCCCAUUUUUCUUAUGGCCACAGGUGUGUUUUUGGUCUCGAUCGCCACAGCACUAACCUGCUACUACUCAUCACAUCUGGCAUACAUAGGUUGAGUGCACUUGCGCUUGCACGAGAUGACGACAUAAACAGAAAGCGCGCUUGCAUGAGAUGACGACGUAAACAGAAAGCAGCCGCACUAGUGGACAGAGAGUUGUACACUGAGCUCCGAGUCCAUCAAUAUGACGCUUUGAUGUUGAGACCAAUCACGACAACUACUACCAUGAUAUAAGCAUAUGUGUAUAUAUAUAUAUAUAUAUGGAAAGAGAGAGAGAGGUAAGAGAGGGGGAGAGAGAGAGAGAGAGAGAGAGAGAGAGAGAGAGAGAGAGAGAGAGAGAGAGAGAGAGAGAGAGAGAGAGAGAGAGAGAGAGAUUGGCAGGUGGUGCAACGUCUACAAAUAAAACUCGGUGAUUUUCUUAAUCUGGGCGUCACAGGACAGGCAACAUUGGUCAUCUUUUCAGAGCCUACCUCAGAAAACUUCAGGAUGCAGUUGGGGCAAGAGAUGGGUGGAAAUCCAGACGGCUUAAUAAACCAUCCCUUCAUAGUGAGUGAUACAGUGCGCUGCAUCAUCACUGCUCUUCCAGACCAAUGGUGUUCCAAAUUCAUGAAGAAAAACAUCUGAGACAGCAGCCCAUCACAGCCAUCGAUCGACUACUCGUUUCAGCUCUCACUCGUCAAAAGGAGGACAAAGAAAAAGGAAAGAAAAAAGAAAAAAAACACCACCAGCAAACAUGGGUGGGCAGCGAUAAUCCAUACGGAUUUGACAAACUAUUUUGGCAGCAUUUUCUCAUCCUUUCCAACCCCCCCCCUCCCCCCCCCUUAAGUCCAGGUUGCUGUAUUUGCUCAUCUUCCGAGCUUUCUGGGCAUUGACUUGAAUAUCUAUCUUCUCUUGGUGAUAUGCAUAUAUAGAAGCGAAGGGUGGCAUUUCUUUCUUUCUUUCUUUAACAUAAGUAAAAAAAAUGAUAAAGCCCAAUCAAUCAAAACCUCAAGGCCUCCACAGUAAAAGACGAAAGAUGAGAGCAAUCGGCAUUGAGACCAAUGCCUUUUCAAACCACAGCUCGUAACUGCGAAGCUCCUGACGAGUCGUGUCACACAUUCACAGACGUGACGUUUGCAAGUGACAUGGCAUGAGAUCAUCCUCGCAGUCACUGACGGGCAUCCAUCACACUGAAUGAAAUCCCGAGACGUAAGACGCGAAAGACGCUGUGCGGAUUACCGAGACGUAAGACACGAAUCUGGCACGGACAUAGAAGACGCGAAAGAGCGAAGAGAGAUCGGCAUUCCUGGCAAGCAGAAGCAGAGCCGGUCAGACAGAAAGGGAGCAGGUCGGCAGCGUCGUCUAUUGUCUAUCUAUCAUUCCAUGGCCAUCUAUGGGGCUGUGAAGAUCGCCGGGACAAGAGAGGAGGGUGGCAAAAAAGAAGUUACAAAAUAUGAAAACAGGAAGAGAAUGACAUCGCAGGCGAGGACAGGCAGGGAUGGUCAGACAGGAAGGGAAGGAAGUGGUUCAACUGCGGUCGGCCCUAACGGUUGUCAUGUUGACUUCUGGGAGGCAGGGAGGGGGGAGGGGGAGGGGGAGGGUAGAGUUACAUUAGAGGAGAAAGAAGUGGUUCAAGCGUCGGCGGCCCUGACCGUUGUCAUCUUGUCGGGGUGCCCAGGGGGCGGGGAGAGUGGAGAGUAUGAUUUAGAGUAGAGGAGAAUCUACCACCCACCUGAGCAGAGAAGGCUGACACUGGCAUCCUCCAACAUAACAAUUUUCACAUCCUCAGUUGUGCACAACUCUCAGUAGCAAGUGCAUAUGCCUCUCUCUUCAAGAUGAAAGCUUCUUGAUGCCGGGGAAAGACGGCCGGAUCUCGACUAAGCGCUCACCAUAACCAACAGGCUCUGCACAAAUGCAAAACAGGCGGGCCACAUGGAGAUGAACACACAGUUCAAAUGCAAUGCCAUGAG